CUCUGAUCUGGAGUUGACUGAGAAGGAAAUAGAGCGGAUGGUGAUGGAGGCCUCUCGGGCAGAAUUUCUUAACCACCAGCAGGUUAACUUCAGAGAGUCAUCAAUGUCAGCAGGGGCAGAGCCAUCUUCUUCUGCCGCAAUUAGUGGGUCGUCUGGUUCGGCCGCGGUAGGGGAUAAAGGCAGUGAGAAUUGUUUUGUACUCCCAGACACCGUGCUGACUCGCAGCAUGCAGUUGCUCCUAGCAAUGGGCUUUAGUUACAUCCAAGUGAUGGAAGCCUACAGCAUAUUCGGCGAGGACGUGGACUCGAUGAUCUGCUACCUGGUGGAGAUGGGAGGCGCGGGAGCCUCUGCAGGUGGCAGCAACCGCCGGAAAGGAAAGGCUGCUGAGUGAUGUGCGCACCUUUCUAUAGGGGAUAGAAAUCAUCGGGCAUAUAAAUUAUAAUACAAAUAAUGAUAUAGCCUUUGUGAGUUGAGAGUCGAGACAUUGAUGUAGUGCUGCCAUGUUGGGGAUAAUAAGGAAUAAAAGGUACUCGCAGAAGUCGCUACCUUCUAUGCGAUCUGUUGUCUGAA